AUGAGUUUUUCGAUGAGCAGGAUGCGGAUCGACCGGGCGGAGUCGGACGCGAGCGAUCGCGGCGGGGGUUGGGAGCUCAGAGAGAGCCAGUUCGAGACGGCGGCGAAGGAGUUUUCGGUACGAUUUGAAGGCCCGGCGCCGGGGCGCGAGCGGGAGCCGCCGGCGAGGCGCGGGAAGAGGUCGAGGCAGUCGAGGUUGGUGGCGAGCGGGCGGUCUGCAGAGCUGAAGAUAGAGCCGGAGGGGCGCCGAGAGGGCUACCGGUUUGUGCUUCCGAACAGAAGAAGUCGGUACAACUGCGACGAGGACUUGAGGGAGCUGCUGAGGAUCGGCGGGUUCAUGGAGAGGGCGACGAGCGAGGCGGACGAGGACGAGGUCGAGGACGGGGUCGAGGACGAGGUCGAGAACGAGGUCGAGGUAGAGCAGGGGGAGGGGGGGGGCGAGUUGGCGUCGUCGGGGCCGGGCGAGGCGCCGGGGGCGAGGAUUUGCGACGAGGUGAACAGAAGGUUAUUGGAGCACCAGAGAGAGGGGGUUAGGUUUUUGUACAGCCUGUACGUGUCGAAGAGGAGUGGCAUAUUGGCGGACGACAUGGGGUUGGGCAAGACGGUGCAGGCGGUCGUGUUCGUGGCGGUGAUCAAGUCGGCGCGCGGGGCCGAGGGAGAGGGGGGCCCCGUGUUGGUGGUGGCGCCCGCGUCGACGCUGCAGAACUGGCAGAGGGAGUUCGCGAGGUGGACGAGGUUGAGGGUGUUCGCGGCGAGGGGGAAGGAGAGGAAGAGCGUGUUGCACACGGCGAAGGCGAACAAGGCGGACGUGGUGUUGGCGGCCUACGACGCGCUGAGUCACGUCGCGGAGCUGAACGCGGUCGACUGGUCGUGCGCGAUAUUGGACGAGGUGCACAGGAUCAAGACGCGGUUUUCGAAGCUGAGCGCGAACUGCGCGAGGCUGAGAGUCGAGAGGCGGUACGGCCUGACGGGGACGGUCGUGCAGAACAAUUUCGAGGAGCUGUGGACGCUGUGCCACGCGCUGGGGUGCCGCGACGCGGAAUUCGGGGAUUUGGACUACUUUCGGAGGCAGUACGUGCAGCCGAUCAGGGAGGGCCGCGUGAGGGGCGCGAGCGACGCGCAGGUGUCCCUGGGAAGGAUCGCGGCGGACGCGCUGUGCGAGAGGUUGAAGAGGUUCGUCCUGCGCCGAACGAAGCUGGCUUGCUGCGGAGACUUGCCACCGAAGGAAGAGCGCGUCGUGCUGUGCAAAAUGGCGCCGCUGCAGCUGGAGUGCUACAGGAGGCUGGUGGAAUCGUGGUUGUACCGCCGCCUGAGGAGGCACUCGUGUGAGGCGACCGCUAGGCGCCCCCAGAGGGCCCAAGGGGACGCCCGGUGGGACGCCGUCGGGACGCCGAGACAGAGCGGGCAGUGGAGAGGGCUGGCGCUGUCAGCGAUGACGAAAUUGCAGCAGCUGUCGAACCACGUGUCCCUGCUGGUCGGCGCGCCGAAGAGGACGCCGAUGGAGAGAUAUUGCGGCGUCGCGGAGGGAGCGGAGGAGGCGGAGUCGCUCUUCUCCAGGUUGGCAUUCGGAGACCGCCGCGACGCGAUCAUGGCGUGCGUCGCGAGGGGCGACGACGCAGAGCUGUGCGGAAAGCUGAGAGUGCUCUCGGUGCUGCUGGAGAGGUGGAAGGAGGAGCGAUCGAAGGUGUUGGUCUUCUCCGGCUCGACGCGGAUGAUGGACAUCCUGUCCGGAUUCUUUCGUCGCCGCCAACUCCGCUUCGCCAGGAUCGACGGAUCCACGCCAGUAAGAGACAGGCAGAGACUGGUGGACUCCUUCAACAGGGACGCGUCGGAAUUCCUGUUCCUGGCAAGCAUCAAAGUUUGCGGCGUGGGACUGAACCUGUGCGGCGCAAACGUGGUCGUCAUCUUCGAACCCCACUUCAACGUGGCGCUCGACAUGCAGGCGUCCGACCGGGCUCACCGAAUAGGCCAAGACAAGGCAACGCGGGUGUACAGGCUGGUAAGCGCCAACACCAUCGAAGAGCUGACCUACCGGCGCCAACUCUACAAGCAACAAAUGGCCAACAUCGCGACCGGGGUCGAGGAAGCGCGGACCUUCGACGAGGACGAACUCUUCGGGUCCCACCUCCUUUUCUCUCUGCUAGAAGACGACCGCUCGGCCGACCAGCACGAUCCACUCACCGCAGAAGACGAGUCGAUCGAAACGCCAGACCCCGCCAUGAAGGACGCCGGCGUUGUCCUGUCCUACCUGAAAAAAGCCACCUCGUGCACGCCCAAAAUCUAG